UGAUCAAGAAUAAAGGAAACAGAAUAUGUGUAGUACUUUGUGUUCAUAACAGAUUCUAUUAAUACUCCGUUUCUAUAAUUAGCCAGUUUCUGGUAUCACUGCAUUAUUUCUUUCAAACACAAAUAUCCACAAUCACAAAAGGUCUUCACAAGUCCAAACUUUGUGCUACCUUUCAUCCCAACCUCAAAAUUUCAUGCACCUUUUCCUCCAGAACCAAACUUUUACAAAUCAACAAACCUUGCAAACUCAUCAUCUCUGUGUUCAGAUAAUUGAGUUGCACAAUUCUGCUAACUAAUUAAAUGGAUAAUUUCUUGUAUUCAAAUCUUUCUAGCUAGCAGCUCUAACAAUAAUCUCAUCUCGACAGGAUGGCCUUCUGGAGUUCCUCUCCCCACCUCCCUCUGCUACUCCUCGGCCUCCUGUCUGUCCUCCUCCACCCCCCUGCCACCGGUAUUCGUUUUGUAAAAAGCAACAUCCAAUUGCCUUCAGACGACGACCUCCCUGCCUUCCGAGAAGCCCCUGCCUUCCGCAACAGCGACAAUUGUGCAUUGCAGAAUCAUGUCCACAUUGUAAUGACUCUGGAUGUAAAUUACAUCAGAGGCACAAUGGCAGCUGUGCUAUCAAUGCUACAACAUUCAACAUGCCCUGAUAACCUAUCUUUCCAUUUCUUAUGCCUUCAUUACCAACCUAAAAUUUUCUCAACCAUUAAAUCAACUUUCCCUUACCUUAAAUUCAACGUAUAUUAUUUCGAUUCAACUAGGGUCCAAGGCAAGAUAUCCAGGUCUAUACGACAUGCAUUGGAUCAACCUCUGAAUUACGCCAGAAUAUAUAUGUCUGAAAUCCUCCCACAAGACGUGAAGCGUGUGAUAUAUUUGGACUCUGAUAUCAUCGUUGUCGACGACAUUACCAAGCUAUAUGAAGUAGACAUGGAAGACAAGGUGGUUGCUGCACCAGAAUAUUGCCAUGCCAACUUCACCUCCUAUUUCACAGAUAAUUUCUGGAAAGACCCUAAAUUUUCCCGGACCUUCGAGGGGCGGACCCCUUGUUACUUUAACACCGGAGUGAUGGUGGUGAAUGUCGAAAAAUGGAGGAGGGGAAGGUACACCUACAAGGUGGAGAGGUGGAUGAGAAUACAAAAGAAGAGGAGAAUUUAUCAGCUAGGGUCUUUGCCACCAAUUUUACUUGCUCUGGCUGGUGAUAUCAAAGCUGUUGAUCAUAGAUGGAACCAACAUGGCUUAGGUGGUGACAACUAUGAAGGGAAAUGCAGGUCACUUCAUCCGGGGCCUAUUAGCUUGUUGCAUUGGAGUGGCAAGGGGAAACCAUGGCUAAGGCUGGAUUCUCAGAGACCAUGUACCAUUGAUCAUCUAUGGGCGCCGUAUGAUCUGUAUCGUUCUUCCAGAGUUGCUUUGGAAGAGUAAGAUAUGUAUUAGGCACAAGCAAGUUGAAUCUUUUUUCUUAGGUAGGAUCAUACGUAGUUAAAGUUUUGUUUAGGAAAUGGGAAUGGUUAGGUUUUAUGUGUACAAUUCAUAGGAUUUUGAUGUAAAACUAUUGCAUUAGUUGAAUGUUA